UCUCUCUUUCUCUCGCUCUCGGGUUAGGGUUCGCGUCAUCUCCAUGGCUGGCGCCGGCAUCCACCCGUUUCACCAACAGUGGCCGCCCGCGGCGGCGGUGCUAGCACCUCCCGCCGUCCCGCCGCCUCCUCCUGUUCCCGGUGCACCAGACGCCACCGCCCGCCCCGGCUCUGACGAGGUCCGCACCAUCUUCAUCACGGGGCUCCCCGUCGACGUUAAGGAGCGGGAGCUGCAGAACCUGCUGCGCUGGCUCCCGGGCUUCGAGGCAUCGCAGAUCAACUUCAAGGGAGACCAACCCAUGGGGUUCGCGCUCUUCUCCUACGCAGACCACGCCAUCGCCGCAAAGGCCGCGCUGCAGGAUCUGGUCUUUGACGCGGAGACCAAUUCGAAGCUGCACAUCGAGAUGGCCAAGAAGAAUCUGUUCAUCAAAAGAGGUGUGGGAGCUGAUGCAAAUCCUAUGGACCAAAGCAAACGCUUGCGAACUGGUGGAGAUUACACCCAUUCUCCGUAUGCUCCUCCUCCAUUUCACCCACCCCCACCAGCUGUUUCCAUGUGGGGGACUGCAGGUUAUAUUGCAGCACCGCCUCCUUAUAAUCCAUAUGCUGCCUACCCGGUGCCGCCGGUACCAAUGACUUCACCUUCUCCUGUGCCACCAACAGCAUAUGCUCCCGUGCAGAACACCAAAGAUAACCCUCCCUGCAAUACCCUUUUCAUUGGAAAUCUUGGUGAAACUGUUGUUGAAGAGGAAUUGAGGGGCCUGUUCUGCUUGCAACCUGGUUUCAAACAAAUGAAAGUGUUGCGUCAAGACAGAAACACUGUCUGCUUUAUUGAAUUUGAAGAUGUGGGUUCUGCUUCUGCUGUACAUCAUACUUUGCAGGGUGCUGUUAUUCCUAGUUCUGGUCGCGGUGGAAUGCGAAUUCAAUAUCCUUUAUUAGUUUAUAAUUUGGUUUCAUAAUUGAAUCUGAUCUCUUAAUUUCAGUUUAUUAGUUAAUUGAUUUAUAGUUGCUUCCCAUUAGCUUUCUGCAUUAUGCCUUCAUUUGCUUGUUUGCACAUGGUUUACAAUGACCUUGUAGUCCUUAAUGUUUUUAACGUUUUCGAAAAAUCCUUUUGGACGAAGGAAGGAUUUAGUCAGUGGCAGUGGCAUGGUUGGCACGCUGAACGGAGCUCCUGCUUGAUGGGGAUGUAUCUUGAACUUUAGCAUGGCAUCUUGAAUUAUCAUCUGCAUGUUUCUGCUAAAUGUUCUGUUCCCAUCAUGUGUGACAUCAGCAUCUUCAUUACCUGGAGUUUCUGGGGCAUGAUCAUCAUCUUCAUUGGGUGGAGUUUCUGGGACAUGAUCAUCAUCAUCUGGUAGACAUUGCAUUGUCACCAUUGUCAUCGUUGGUGGUGUCAACUCCAUUAUAUUAGCUAUUGUGGUUUGAGGUCACUCUGAAUUGUUUCCUAGAUGUGCAUCUGGCAUCGGUCAUGAAUAUUUUGUAGUGUUACGUAGUUUUCUACCGUUCAGUACUGCAGUUACACCAUUUCAUGUGUUCAUGUCAUUACAAUGCUGUAAUAGUAUAACCGACUUGGCUUGCAAUUCAGUUCUGAGGGAUGUUUCAUAUCA